GAAAUCUCCUUCCAGAAAGGAGAUGAGUCAAGCUCCCGAGCAUGGACAAGUUGGUCCUCAAGGAGAACAGGAGCACGUGAGUGUGCAUACCGAGGCGUCUAGCUUUACACCGCAGCAUGAAGUUCCGGAGCCGCUAGUUCCGCAAUUGAAUGCCGUACCUCAGGCGGUUCCUUAUCAGCAUCCGCAGAUGGCGGCCAACAUGCUCCAGUUCCUCCAGCAGAUGGCCGGGGCGCAUGUACCACCACCGCCACCGCCGCUUCCUAUGGUCGUGGUCACGAUUGAGAAGCUGAAGAAGAACGGAGCCGAGGAGUUUUGUGGCGGCCAGAUCGCGGAACCCAUGGUCGCGAAGCGCUGGCUCGAGCGUGUGAGUCGAGUACUUGGGACCUUACGAGUUCCAGCAGAGCAGAGAGGCGACCUAGCUAUCGCCUUACUUCAGGAUGCCGCCUAUGACUGGUGGAAACGCGCAGGAGCGAACAUCCCGGAGACGGUGCCGUGGGUGACCUUCGACGAGCUCUUCCGUGAGGAGUAUGUGCCCGAGCACUUCAUGGAGGAGAAGCGUGACGAGUUCAUGAAGUUCACGCAGGGUGAGCUGGCCGAGUAUGGUCGGGACUUGGUGCCGACAAUGGAGAAUAGAUGCAAGCGCUUCAGGGAGGGGUUACGCCCGACGAACCCUGGUGAGGCGUUCCCGACAGCGCCCGCAGCCUCAGCUCCAGCAGCCCAGCCUGCACCGAGUCAGAAGUCGGUAGCGGCGUCCAGUCAACCGAAAAGGCCGGCUCAGAGCACUCAGUCCGGGAAGGCUCCAACUCGUACUUAUGCGAUGCAUGGACGCACUGAGCAGCCCGCUUAUGAUGUGAUUAUGGGUAUGUUCACCUUAUUCGAUACAUCCAUAUCUGCUUUAAUUGACCCAGGUUCCACAUUGUCAUAUGUGUGUACAUCUAUGCCUGAAUCGUUUAAUAUUCCGAGAGAGAACCUGGAGAAUCCGGUGAUUGUGUCCAAUCCGUUGGGACACAGUCUAUGUCUCAAAUAUAUCUAUCCUGGCUGUCCGCUAGUUGUGCAAGGGAAGAGCUUCCCUGCAAAUCUGAUAGAGCUCCCACAUCGAGAAUUCGAUGUUAUCCUGGGCAUGGAUUGGCUUACAGCCAAUCAAGCCGUUGUUGAUUGUGGCACACAUACGGUACGGCUGAAAGCCGAAGAUGGUAAUGACGUUCUGAUCCGUGGCGAGCUUUUCCCGAAGGCUCCUGAAUUUAUCUCAUAUAUGCAAGCUCGUCGCCUCAUACGCAAGAAAUGAUUGGUAACAUGAUUGGUACCCCUUUUUUUAAAACUAUCUUGGUGGCCACCAGUAAUGCUUCCGGAGAUCCUGGAACAUCUUGUUACUACCGGGGUGCAUGGUAUAUACCGUACUAUGUGCUUCACGGAGGAGACGUUCCCUUACCUCCCCCACUGGCACUACCACACGUGCCCGAUACAACAAGACACCAUCCUCACGGACAGAGAAGUCGGGUU